AUGAUGCCGAUGUUGACCCCGAUGCUUCUGGUGCUGGUGUGGCCAGGAAGCUGCGCGAGUUCCGAAAUUUCGGCGACAUCGAAGACUACUGCGCUCAUACAGACAGGACAUGUCGUGCCGAUGCACACUAAAUUUGUGGACAGCGGCCACUUCGAAGGCGAAGAGCUGGAAUCCCUUCUCUUGAGUGAGACAGGCGCAGGCCCGGAUGGAGAAGUGGAGCAAUGCUCGCAGGACUGUGAAUUGACUUUUGAGGGCGAGACGAUUGCCGAUGCCGGAGAGAAGAGCGCGCCUUGUGAGCUCCGCAACCUCGUGGAAACGUUCUUGGACGUCCCCGCUCUGGUUGUGGCGUUCCUCGCCGCCUUCCUUGCUUCCGUGCAGCUUCGCGCGAGGUCGGGGGACAAGGCUCCGACCUCGGUUCCGGAGGCGGCGGAAGCGGCUUCAGCUUCGGACCUGCUCGUGGACGAAUUCGGCUGCACCGCACUACACCGAGCUGCCGACGAGGGCAGCGUGACAGAGGUGGAGAGGCUCCUGAAGGGGGGCCUCGACCUCGAGGCUAAGGAGGCCUGGGAGGAGACCCCGCUCCACAUUGCUGCCCGUAAAGGCCAUGCAGACUGUGUCGCGCGGUUUCUGGCAGCUGGUGCCAACUCCGAGGCCUUGGACUUGGACGACCGCACACCGCUGGUUCUCGCUGCAGAGGCGAAGCAGGAAGAGGUCUGUCGUGUGCUCUUCGACCAUGGUGCAGGUGUGGCAGGCCUUUCAGAUGAGGACCUUCCCCCGACUCUGAACAAGCUUUUCCUCGAGCGCAUGCUGGUUCAGGAGACGUAA